AUGUCGUCCUCCAAUGAUAAUCUCUCGUCUCGCUUAGAAUUACAGAAACGUCUUCAAGAUCGGUUAAAAAGUAGAACCGAUAUGACCAGUAGACCGACGCCAAGAACUUAUGAUCAAUUACCACAUUAUUUACAAUUAGUGCUUCCUGAUAGUUACACGUAUAUUAUAAAAUCUUAUAAAGAAAUUGAACUUGAAAAAUUCGAAGGAGCACCUCCAGCAGCUUUUGAUUCUACCUUUUAUGUAAAUAUCGCAUCAACCGAAGCGAUUGAAGAAUGGAGAGCGGCCUUUCAUAAUAAAACCGGAACGGUUUUUCGUAUCACUCGUGCAGAUAAAGUCAAGGGAAUCAAGGUCAUUUAUCAUAAAGAUUUCCAUUGUCGACACGCUGAUAUCGCGGCCAUCAAAUACAUGCAAAAAACUUAUGCUCAAAAGGCCGGUCAAAGAAGAAGUCGAAAUACGAAUUGUCAAUGUUUAGCAAAAAUUCGUCUUGAAAAAAGUCGGCUUAAUCUCUCUCAUCCAUGUGAAGUUCAUCUUUUAUAUAAUCAUAAUCAUCCAUUGGAAACUUUAAAUAUUACGCCACAAACGCCUUCGAUUGCUUCUGUCGGUUCGACAAGCGAUGAAAGCGGGAAAAGUACUCCUCAGCAUACUCUGGAAUUUGAAUCAAGUAUGAAUAAUGAUAAUGAUCUUUAUAGCUCUUAUGAUAACAUUUCUCCUGCUCAAGAUGAUUUACAACCUCCUCAUCAAUCCUCUCCCCCUUCCACUACUUUCGUUUUAAAUAAAUUCCAUCAAUUCGUUAAAGAAAUCGAUUUAGAUAUAUUAAAAGGUGACAAUGAAUACUGUCGUGGUAUUAUCAAGUUUAUGGAAUCUUAUCGGCAAGCAAGGGCCAUUGGUCUUUCUAACGCUACUCAAUUCUUUAAUCAAUUGUCUUGGACUGACUCUUUGAAUCAAGACUCGCACAUCGGUUCGAUCGAUACUUUCUCCGACGGAAAUGAAGGGUCCUUUAUAGAAUAUUCUCCUCAUCAUCAAUUUCCUCAUCAUCAAUUUACCACGAUACCUGUUCAAUUCUCUAAUGUUCCAAACGAUCAAUAUUUACCUCAUCAUCAUGGAUCUCCAUCACAAUCCGCAAUUAUUAACGAUGAUUCGACAGCUAUU